GUUUACACCCCAACGUGCACAGCAGUGGCAGAGCUACACUUAUGACAGCUGAGUGAAGCUUUAAUGUGUAUUAUUUAGCAUAUAUUGACUUGAAAAAUGAGUAAAAAGCGUCGCAAUGAAGACGCGGUGGGAUCCAAAGUGGCGGCCAAGAAAGAAAAGUUGUCUGAGUUUAAUGGGACUGUUUUUAAAAGCAUGCUAAAGGAUCCCACCACAGCCAUUAAGGGACUUGAAACAUUCAUAAGCACCGCCAAGAAGCUGCCAUCCUCUGAGCUGUACGAUGUGGUGGAAGGCUACAUUAAAAUUUCCAUGGAGUGUGCGGAGAUAUUCGGAUUGCUGGAAGGAGACAAACAAAUAGAGAGUGAGAUGUCGCUGAUCUUGGAGAGUUUGGAGGUGAUUCUCCUGAGGACAGCCAGCGAUUUGUCCCACUUCAACAUGGUUGGCAACACAAUCGUGAAAAAAACGGUUUCCAGCCACAUGAAGCGGAUUCAAGGAUGUUUUCUGUCACGGAAUCACAGAUUGGUCCGUCAGUGCCUCAGCCUCCUGUCUGCGUCCGUAUCUCAGGGGCCCGAGGCUGCCAGGGAGGUGCUGAGUCACAUUCACAUUAAUAAAGCGCUCUGUGGGCUCGUAAAGUGGAAAGAUAACAAGGGAAAACCUGAUGUCCGCAUGGCCUUCAUCCAGUUUGUGCUCUCCUUUUUGGUGUCAGGAGACAAUGCAACUGUUGGACACAUAUUAGAGGUCAAAGAGCUUCUGCCAGCGAUCCUGAGCACGGGGCUGAAGGAGGACCGGAUGUCGGUCGUCAAUCUCAUUUUGUCCACGCUGAAGAGCAGAGUGGUCUUAAACAAGGCCGUUAGCAAAACACAAAAAGUGCGUUUUUUCACACCCGCCACGCUAGCCAGCAUUGCUUCUCUGUACAAAUGGAACGGGAUCGUCGACGCCGCCGUGGGUGAUAAGACAAUGGAGGAGGACUGUGAGCAUGCUGGGAUAUCGGUGGUGAGGAAGCUGGCUCACAGUUUCCUUCUGGACCUGUGCUGCUCGCGGAAGCACGGGAUCAGCUUUCACGAUGCCAGCUUUGGCACGGCAGGCAGAGCCGGAAACAUCGUCCUGCUGCAGUUCCUGGUGGGCCUGAGGCAGGCGACUGAGGACGAGCUGGUGGCUGAGCUGGUGGUCAACACGCUCAAGGAAAGUCCCGACGUUGUGACGAGAUACUUCAAAGAGACGCAGCACUCGUACGCCCCCCGCCUCAAGAGUGCUUGGCAGGACAAUGUCCGGCUUCUCAAAAAGAUCUACGAGGCCCAGCCAGAGAUCAGCGCCGUGUUUCACACUCGCGAGCUCCUUCCUCUUCCUCGCCUGCUGUCCAUGAUCAUGGUCGUCUCACUUCCUCCGGUGUGCACCAAGGCCUUCUUCACACAGGGCCUCAGUUUGGCCAACACCGCGGCGCAGCUCACCACCUUCUCCACCGUGAGCUUCAUCCUGAAGAAGGCCGACAAGAACGUGGCGUUCCUCCUAGGGCACCGUUCAGAUGUGUACACGCCUGACGUGCUGGCCGACCUGCUGCAGCAGUACAGAGAGACGCUAAGCAAGAUUUUGCCCGAUAUGACGAACAUCGUCGCCAAGUGGCAGUCUCUAGCCAAGAAGGACAAAACGGAGGACAAAGCAAGUGGAGACAGCCAAGCGUCUGCGCCAGAGACACCUGAGGUGAUCCUGCUUAAAGCUAUGAUCCUCCAGGUGAUUUGUCUUUACCAAAAAGUCGUGCCACACCUGGUCAGCCAGUGCAAGUUUGACUUCAGCAAGUUCCUGAAAGGAGUCGUGUCAGAGGGAGGAGUGGAUGAAGAAGUGGCCCCCGUCCUGCAGCAUCAGAUACUACAGCUGGCCUUAGACCUUCCCGCCAACAAGUUCUCAUGGUUCCGCUUUCAGGAAGCCGCAGAUGAAGAGAAGUCGGUGCUUUAUCUGCUCCUCAAGAUGUUUGUCAGCAGCCGCAGCAGCCAACUCAAGACCUCCACGCGGAUGCUGGUUCUGAAAGUGUUAAAAGACAGCGGCGUGUUUGAGUACACUUGGACUGAACUUGAAGUCUGGCUUGACCAAUUGGGCCAAGUAGAGCCCAGCCAACAAGAGACGGUCAUUCAGUUCUUGGAGCGAGUGUUUGCCAAGCUGGUGAGCAAUUCCCACAUGUACACGGAUAAAGUUGCCAGCCUUGUGCAGGAGGCGGCCAACCUGCAGUCCAACCUGAACGUCCCGGAGGGAGACGCCGCCAGCAUCCCCGUGUCCCACAUAGACGAUGUCCUGGACAUGCUGGAUGUCAUCAUGGAGGGUAACGACGGCGACAUGGAGGAGUUCGGGGCGCCUCUGAGCCAAGACUUCAUUAUUCAAACCUUCCCAUUCAGCGUGGCUGUUCUUGCCGCUUUGGAGGCCCGAAACCAACUUCCAGCGGACAAAGGGGCGGUGUUUGAGUACUUGUCAGCAGUGCUGUGUCACAUCCUACACGGCCAGAGGGAGCCGCUCCCACUCUGCUUGUGUCUGCUGCAGUACGACAAAGACCUGGCCUCCUCGGAGCUGCACGUUUCUCCUCACGGCUCCGUCGUGCUCCUUCACCGCUACUACUCCAAGUGGCUCCCGCAGCAGUGCCGAGAAGAGCUGUUCAAGUCGUCUGAUUGUCAGCCAAAGGGGACGUCGACUUCCUUCACCGCCCUAAUGAAAGCGGCCUACCUUGGCGGCUUGAGCAGCUUGCUGGAGGACACCUUCAGGAAGGGCGCGGAAGCAGCAGCAGCUUCCAUGUCAUUAGCUGACUUCCCGCUGGCGAUUAAACAGAUUUUACUCUACAUCAAAUCAGCAGUGGAAGACUUUGGCACGUUUCCCAAAAACACAGGAGCUGCUAUUUUGAAGACCUUAAUGGGAAUACUGCAAGAUGUCUUAUCCAAGCUGCAAUGCUGGCAGGCGUCCUCGGACUCUGAGCCAGCAGAGCAGAACUGCCAAGAGGGAUCUGACCUUUUCCUGGAAGUCAACCAGUCGACCACUGGCGAGGCCAACAAAGAGCAGAUACUUCUGUCGGCAUUGGCCUCCAUCUUCAGACAUCCAUGUGUGGAGCAAUGGUAUCUGGCUUUGGAACAGUCCACGCUGCCUCCACACUCGCUAAACCCCAUGCGACUGAAGCAGAUGUGCACUCAGCUGAGUGACGACACCACCACUCUGCUGAAGAUGAGCGCCCCCACCCUGUGCGAGCUAGGCCACCUGGAGCUUCUGGCCGCCUACGCAGGCGCUGUGGAGGAAGCCGUGCGCAAGGAGCUUAAGGAGAUAAGUCCCCAGACUCCUGUGAAACAUUCCAGACCUUUCCAGGCUCUCCUGUCCCUGCACAGCUACAUGGAGCCCUCCAAAGUCAGAGAUGUGGUGUCCGAGUUGCUGCUCCUCCCGCAGGACAGGCUGGUCACCGCAGGCACACAAACCCAACUCAGCGUUUACGGUCAAGCUGCGCUGCAGAUUCUCACCGAGUCUACAGCGAGGCGGGACCUUGACCAGGAGCACGGCAUCUUCCUGUCGCAAGCUCACCUCCACGGUCUGGGCACGCUGCUGCUGUCCUGCUCCAGUCCAGCGCUGGAGGCUUUCCUGCUCCAGACGUUGUCCAGUGAGCCCGGAAGCGCACAGCUCAUCCACACUGACGUGCUGCUGUACUGCCUCCGGCGUCCUCUCCCUCACACCCUGGCCGUCGCAUGCCUGCUGCUGAAGCACUGCUCCGCACAGCUCCUCUUCUUCGAGAUGUGGUGUCUGCAGCCCGACAACUCCAAGAAGCUGUCUGACAUGGUGGACGACUUCCUCCCGCUGAUCCGCACCUACCUGCAGGUGGCUGGGAGAGACGAUGCAACCAGGCCUAAAGACGUGCAAAAAGAGGUUUUAAAUGCACUAAAGCAGCGUCUUCUGGCCAAGUUGAUCCAGUCUGCCCUCGGAGACAUGACAGAAGAUGCUGGGGUGGUUGAAGCGCUGGUGGCGCUGAUCAGGCUCUCUGCAGACAUCACAGACAUCAGGGACUUGAUCAACAACCUGCCAGGUGCCCUGCAGAAAGCUGACAAUUUUGAAAGGUGGACGCUGGUGGACGUCAUCACAGAGAAGCUGGCUGACCCUCCAGAGGAAGGAGAAGGAGAAACCUGGAGGAAGAGUAUCACCACUGCUGCCCUCAAGUGUGUGAUUGCUUCUUACAGUCGCAGCAAAGAUCAGACACCAGCAGUCACAUCAAGCCAGGAACAGAACGUCUUGGAAAGACUGCAGAAGCUCAUUACAUCCCCUGACGACGCUGCAGCCAACUGGAACUCUUUUGUCAGGACUGGACUGAAGUAUCGCUACAGAGAUCAGCAUUUCCUGAACGCCCUCAGGAACCUUUUGGAUGUGAUGUACCACCCCAGCGGCAACAGGAAAGACCUGCUACCUUUAUCUGCCCUCCACAUGAUGGCCAGCAGCCACUCCUUGUUCCUGCCCACCAUGUUGGACUCCGAUUCAGACGACCCCCGCAGGAGUCAGGCUAAAGAGGCUUUAGUGUCCCUCCUCCUCUGUCUGGUGAAGAAAUGUCCUACAGUCUGCAACAUGAAUCACUUCUUGGUACUUUUGGGAGCUUAUGGGGCUACACUCAGCACUACAGAUCAAACCAUCUUGAUGCUCCUUCAGGAAUAUGAAAAAAACAAUCUCAGCCUCCUCAAGUUUCAGUCUGUCUUGUGGGGUCCGGCGGCUGUAGAGCACCACAAAACCAGGAAGAGCCUGGGGUCUUCUCUGUGGAAGCAGACCCACUCGGAUGACAUCUUGGCCUUGUUGAACACCGACAAGAUGCUCCAAACUGUUGCUCACUUUCCCCAGCGGCGCAGCAUUAUUCCACAGGAGGAUAAAGAGAUGCUGUUCCAGCAAACAGACAGUAGUUUGUACGACCCGUGUUUCCUUCUACCUCUCUUUAGCGUCAUUCUUGGACCAGAGUCGGUGGUCGACUGCCUCAAGUUUGUCUCCAUCCACGCCCUGGGAGUAACCGUCAUGGCCCUGAGCAGCUACGACGCCAAGGUGAGGGCGGCGGCGUACCAUGUGCUGACCUGCUUCUACCAGCACCUGGAGGGCGCCCGCUUCCGAGAAAAGAAGCAGCUGCUGUAUCUGCUGGACACGGUGAAGAACGGGAUUGGAGAGCAAAAUCAAAGACUUCCCUUUGUCUUGACCACGUACAUCAGCAAAGUGGCUCAGCAGAUGCUCAAACCUGAGGACCACAUGUACGUGGUUCUGAAUCGCUUCCUGCUGUCCCACCAGAGUUUGGACUUGAGGAGGGUGCCCGAGUUCUUCAAGCUCUUCUACGGCUUCGACCUGGAGCACAAAAAGGAGCGAGAGUGGAUCCUGAGCGUGCUGGAGGAAGGUAUAAGUGACGGACACUGCUUCCAAUUAUGCAACCAGCAAGGCAUCUUCCUGAGCCUGCUCGGCUUUAGCAGCAGCCCCUUGUGUGACGAUAACACUCAGGUGCAGAUCAUCAGGGUGUUGUGUCAGGCUGCACGUGUCAACAAAGCAGCCUACAACCUGUGCAAAAACCACGGCAUUCUGACCUGGAUGAUACAGAUGGUUGGAAAAAGGAACCUGGGGCAGCAUUUGCUGGGUUCCGUGGUGCACAUGCUGCACACGCUGUGGUUCACCAACCUUGGGCAGAAGGAGAAGGUGGCCGAGCAAAGAGAAGGUUCUACACUGGCGGAAGAGAAAGUCAAGUGUCUCCCGCUCCCACUCAUCAAUGAAUUUCUAUGCGUGGCAUUAAGUGUCAGCAGACGCUUGAGGUUGGGCGUGAAGGUAGCUCAGCUCAGCUUGUUCCUGCAGACUCUUUCUUCCAUACUGAAGCAUCAGGUCACCGCUCUCAGUAUAGCUAACACAGGUGAGCGACUGAUGCUCCCGGCGCAGCCUCUCUCCAACGCCGACGCACUCUGUCUGCUGCUGUGCUGGACCACCCUGUCCGGCCACGCGGCGCUACUGAGCCAGAUCCAGGUCUUGCGUGACAAGCACAAAGUGAAGGAACUCUUCACGUCUGGGAAGGACAAGGCGCGGGGCAAAAGCCCCCACAUCUGGACACAAAAAGAAAAGCCGACAGAGGACGCUGAGACGGGAGCACAAGAGGAGAGCCUCCUGAGUGAAUGUCGCUUGUUUCUCAGCAGCAUUCUUAUGCACUGGCGUCCUGUGUUGGCCCUUUGUGAACCUCCGCCAAAGCACACAGAACAUCCCAGUCUGCUGGCUGUCGAAACUGCCCACCUGCUCACCAAAUGGACCCUCAGGUGCUUGGCGGAGGACGUGUACGACCAAGAACGCACCGAAAUCUUCUUGCGCUGGCUGGAAGAGAGCGUGAUGACGCACGGGGAGAUCGUGGAUGCCUUGCUGCAGGAUACCGGCCUCAAAGCAGACCUGCUUCGUCUCUACCAUCAAGUCUGCCAGACGCCCGUUCCAGGUAGAAGGGAAACCUCCCGCUUGUUCACAGACGUCAUGAUACGUUUGCUGGAGAGACGAGGACAGCUUCCUGAGACGCAUCGAGCGGUCGUCUCUGCUUGCCGGCCGGAAGACGCCAGAGAUCAGUGGAAAUGUGAAGCGGGCCUGUCUCUCCUGUCUUUGUACAUCCACGAGGUGUGGAGCGGAGCCAGCUCGGCACAACGCUUCCUGUCUCACGUCGCUAUGGUGACCAGGGACAGGCGAAAAAGCGACAAAUGGUCUCAGAGUGAAACGGCCGUGAGAGCCGUCUGUAAGGACUUGAUGAAUGUUAGAUGAAUCUUUGUACUGUGUUUUUUUUUUUUUUAUGAAUGAAAUGUGAGCUUUUCAGACCAAAACAACUUGAAAAUGCCAUUUAUGUAAUGAUGUCAUCAUGGAAAGACAUCCACCUUUUUAUUCAGGCAUGCUUAGAUGAAAUUGGAUGACCUGUGCCUCCUUUGACUUCUGCGUCUGGGACUCCUGCAACAUUUGUAUGUUUCAGUAUUUUACUGAAAUAAAAGAAAAAUGAAAACCAACACUCACCAAGGCUGUGGCCCAGUUCCAGACAUGAGAUUCAAACAGAGAAAGAGGACUCCCACAAAAGCAGCCAGAAUAAUCCAAAAUACGAUAACAAUAGAAUCUGAAAGAGCUGAUGAAUAGUC